AUGCAUAUAAAGAAGUGGUUAAAGAAGAACUGGACCGCAGUGAGGCGGAAGAGUAGCGAAAGCGAUUCGGUCGACAGCGGCGGAAAAGGACAGACGACAAAUUCCUACGGAUGUGUUGCCAUUGAGGAUGAUGCGGUCGGCAUUCCCCUCGGCGUGAGCGGCCGAACCAAGAGUGUGGAAACCAUGACUGCUGCCGAAUUCGCUAGAGCUGUCGGCAUCACUGUUCUCGUUGAAUCGGACUCGCAGGACGACGACGAUUUUGCGCCAUAUACCCUUGAGAGCCCCUUCGGCGCUACUCCGGCUGAUACGAAACCUGCUGAUGCGAGCUCUCCGACACAGCUCGGGCGGUCGUUCUCCUUCCCGCAACCUUCCGCGCUGUGUUCUGAUGCAAGAUCGCACACCAUCACGUCGCUAACGACCUUGAGUUCGAGAAGAUAUAAUAUCCCCUCCGUUCUUGAUACCUCGAUGUUUGGACCUCCGACGUCCCCUCUUCCCUCGACUCCAAAACAUGCCCUCCUAUCCGCCGCCAAUCAGAAACGGCACUCUCGAAGCCCAUCCCUGCCCGCAUCACCGUCACUUCGCACGCUUCAACUUUCGUCGGUCGCUUACGAAGAGCCGCCCAUCUCGCCAAGAACCCGGUCGAAAAGCAUCCCCUCCUUCCCGCUUCCAGCCGAUUCGCCGACAUCAUCGAGGGUGGUGCAGGUGACGAGUAAAGGACGCUUUACACUUACGAGAGAGCAGUCCGAUCAUUUCACCGCUCGACAAAAUCAUACCUAUCCCGCUCACAAGCGUCAUAAUAGUACGACUAGCAGGUUCCGGCUGGGAAAACUCGUCGGCAACACGUGGGAGGAUAUGUCCGUCGGCGUACCGAGCGUACCGACGACGACGGUUGCGUUUGCUGAUCUCGCGAAAAGAGGGACGGUGAAAACUGUUGAUAGUGGGGUGUUUCCAUAG